GCAGGCCUGCAAGCGCAUGGAGAUGAUUGGCCCCUCGAGUGCGGCCGCCAUUUUGGAGAUGGCCACCACCGAGGAGUUGCGCGACAUCUUACUGAGCAGGCCCAUCCUCGCAGGCCGCUUGCGCACCGUGCUCUUGCAACAGCCCGCGCCGCAAGCACCAAGCAUGCACCCUCAGCCAGCACAGCCGCCCACGCCACAAACCGCAUGCGCGGGCGUGCCGCCCCUGCUCCCUCAAGCAUUUAUUGUGCCCGGCUUCGGGGGCCAGGGGCCUGUUCAGAUGCCGUGCAUGUUCGCAAGCCCGCCCGGGCCCCCGCCCAUGCCAGCACAGCCCGCGCAGCCACCUCAGGCAAGUCAGGCGCCGGCGCCGCAAGCACAGGACAUGGAUGAGUUCUGGGACAAGUUCAGCACGCAGGAGCAGUGGAGCUGGAACUGGUGGUCGUGGAGCGACACCAGCACGCACGAUUGGCACAGCGCCGGAUCUGACACGCAUGCUCCGCACGCACCUUCGGCAAGCACUGGCAUCGAGGCUAGCAAGCACGUGGGCACCGAGAUUAGGUGGGCCAACGGUAGACCAGUCUACCGCCAUCACAAAGGUUUUGUGGCCUGCGCAGUUGCAUGCGCGCAGGUCCAGUGCCCCCACGGGCGCCCGCCCUGCAACUACAAAGUGGGGCCGGGCGACACGCGCGCGCCGCACAAGUGUAGCCUCUGCAAAAAGGCAGAGAAGGAGGAGCGAGAGCGUGCGCAGCAGAAUUAG